ACCGCUGAACGGUGCAGAACGUGUCCUCUUGUUCUCUCCCCGAGAAAAGGGUUCCGAUCUCAUAUGUGUGUUUGUGUGUUGUGUACUGCAGCCGGGAACCGUAUCACGAUCCGUGCAGCGAGUGAUUGAAGGGUUAAUACGUGACGUGCGUCUCACCGGCUCCCAGUGGGGGAGGGCGCACAGGAGCGACUGUGAAGAAAAAUUCAUAAUUCAUGAAUUAAUUAAAAAAAAGUUCUUCAAGUGAACAUGAGUAUCAGCAAGUGUCAGCGGCGGAAGCACCGUCUGCAGAUAGUGCUUGCCGUGGCAGUUGUCCUUGUCGCCGGCAUUCACCACCAUCACCACCACGUAUCAUGUUUCAACAUCUCCUCGACGCAGAUCCACUCACUCAAUCUGGACCAGCACAAACUCAAGCUCACGUGGAUGAUGGACUGGUACAAGCAUGAGGUGCUGUUCCACGUGCAGAACACCUUCCUCCACGGCCGAUACAAAUUCUUCGCCAUCGGGUUCUCCCCGCGGGGUGAACUGAAGCGAACCGAUCUGUGCCUUUUUACCACCGGUGGCGGUGGUAUAUACAACCAGGCACUCGACGCGUACACCUCGCGGGACUUCAAUCGGAUCUACGUCGAUAGCAUACAGAACUGUGACGUGAUGCGGAUGGACGACAAAUCGGUAGCCUUCCGGAGAAAGUUCGAAACCGGCGACCCACAGGAUGUGGCCAUACAUGGUGGGACAAUGUAUGUCACUUGGUUGCGGGGAAUGACGGAGCUGGACUUGUCCAGGAACUGGACAGUGAUGCCAGUCAUUGACAAGCGUGAUAUGGGCGUUCUGACGGCGCAAAUCUUACGAGCGGAUGCGAUCGCCAUUCCGGAGAAGAAAUCCGUCGUCAAAAAAGUGGACAUUGCUUUGAAACAGGUGCACGUGCCUGGCGUUGAAACCACUUACUGGUGUAAGGUUCAGCGGCUUGAAUCGUGGUUAGUUUCGAAGAAGCAUCACAUUGUUCAGUUUGAACCCAUCAUCAAAAACGAACACCUUGUGCAUCACAUGGAAGUGUUCCAAUGCGUUGCGGAUCCCAGCCAUGAGAUUCCCCUGUACGAGGGAAGCUGCGCCGAUAUGCCACAGGAGGCUAAGGUUUGCAGUAAAGUGAUGGCCCUGUGGGCUAUGGGCGCCGGUCCGUUUACAUAUCCCCACGAAACGGGCCUCCCACUGGGAGGGAAAAACUUCAAUCCCUACAUUAGGCUAGAAGUACACUUUAAUAAUCCUGAUUUGAAAACCGGUGUGGUCGACAGCUCUGGGAUGAGAAUCAACGUGGUUUCGAAGCUGCGCAAAUACGAUGCCGCCAUUAUGGAGCUUGGUCUGGAGUACACCGAUAAGAUGGCCAUUCCACCGGGACAGAUUGCAUUCCCGCUAACGGGCUACUGCAUAGCGGAGUGUACUAAAGUCGCUCUGCCGGCGGGAGGUGUUACGAUUUUCGGGUCCCAAUUGCAUACCCAUCUGAGAGGGGUCAGGGUGUUUACCCGACACUUCCGCAAUGGUGUGGAACUGAGAGAGGUUAAUAGAGACGAUUUUUAUUCGCACCACUAUCAAGAGAUUCGACAGCUACGCUAUCGGCCCAAGGUUCUACCGGGCGAUGCGCUGAUGACGACCUGCUAUUACGAUACUCGUGGAUAUGAGAAUGCGACACUUGGUGGAUUUGCAAUUAGCGAUGAAAUGUGUGUGAAUUACAUUCACUACUAUCCCGCGUCCGACCUGGAGCUCUGUAAAAGUGCCAUAUCGGAGAAAUCCCUCUACAAUUACUUCAAGUAUAUGAAAGAAGUCGAGAAACAGGCCACAGUUGAUCCGGACGGAGCUCGCUCGGAGAACUACCGUUCCAUUCAAUGGACGAAAACCCGCGCCGAACAAUUGUUCGAGUACUAUCUGGAGGAACCUCUCAGCAUGCAAUGCAAUCGGUCUGAUGGAAUGCGCUACGAAGGAUUCGAUUGGGAAGGAGCACCGAUAACGGAAUUCAGCCCGCCGAGGAAAACACUCAAAACGUCCAGCAGGGUCUCACCCGAGCUGAAGUGGUUUAAACCGUUGGAAGUCGGCAAAUGCGAUGCCUUCGGCGAAUGUAUUUAUGCCGAUGAAAAACUCAAGGAGUAGAUCGUUAAUAAAUCAAAACACAAAUCUUAAGUUUUCUGCAUGAAAUAGUUAUCGUAAAUAAAG